AUGGCCUCCAAGCGAAUCAGCCAGGAAACCUUCGAUGCAGCUGUGCGUGAGAAUAUCGAGGAGUUCGAGAUGGGGCCAGACGAGGCCGUGAGGGAGGCCAUGGAGCAGUUUGAAUCACAAGGAGUUGAUCUGAGCAACAUUGUGAAGACAGCACCCAGAAUCUUUGCAGAUGGACCCCAGGAGCCUGAACACCGUAUCCUGCAGGCCCUGGAUGCCUUGCGGGAAGCCCUGGCCCACUCCCAGCCACAAGAGUUGUCGGUGCCUCUGGCUCACUUCCGUGAUCAAUGCCAGCAGAACAGGUCUUGCUGCUUCCUCGCUGCCCAGAAGGGGGCCUAUCCUGUGCUUCUCACUGCCUGGCAGCUAGCCACAGAGGGCAACCCAGCCCUCCUGCUCCAGGUGCUGGACACCCUCACAGCACUUACAGAUGGCCAGCCUGACCUGCUAGAUGCCCAAGGCCUCCAGCUGCUGGUGGCCACACUGGCCCAGGGCGCUAGCGCAGCUGACCUCACCUGUGCCGCGCUCCGCCUGGUACGCCAUGCCUGCCUGAAGCACGAGCAGAACCGGCAGGCCCUGGUGAAGGCUGGCGUGCUGCCCCUGCUCACUGGAGCCAUCUCUCAGCACGGCAGCUAUGCUGACGUGGUCCGAGAGGCCUGUGGGGCACUCCGUGUCAUGACCUUUGACGAUGACAUCCGCGUGCCCUUCGGCCAUGCCCACACUCAUGCCAGGAUGAUCGUGCAGGAGAACCAGGGCCUGAAGGUGCUGGUCAAGGCUGCCCAAGCAUUUCCUGACAACCCCAGCGUCCUGGGCGAGCUGUGCAGCACCCUGUCGCGCCUGGCUGUCCGCAAUGAGUUCUGCCAGGAGAUCGUGGACCUUGGGGGCCUGGAUGUCCUAGUGGCCCUGCUGGAUGAUGACACCAACCACCAGGACCUCGUGAAGCAGGUGCUAAGUGCCCUGCGUGCCAUCGCAGGCAAUGAUGACGUGAAGGAUGCCAUUGUCCGUGCCGGUGGGGCCGAGUCCAUUGUGGCUGCCAUGACCCGGCACCAGGCCAGCCCCCAGGUGUGUGAGCAGAGCUGUGCAGCCCUUUGCGUCCUGGCCCUUCGCAAGCCGGAGAACAGCCGGGUCAUCGUGGAGGGGGGUGGGGCCCUGGCCGCACUGGAGGCCAUGAGGACACACCCACAGGAAGCCGGUGUGCAGAAACAGGCCUGCAUGCUGAUCCGCAACCUGGUGGCCCGCAGCCAGGCCUUCUCACAGCCCAUCCUGGACCUGGGGGCUGAGGCACUCAUCUCUCAGGCCCGCGCUGCCCACCGUGACUGUGAGGACGUGGCCAAGGCUGCACUGCGUGACCUGGGCUGCCGCGUGGAACUGUGUGAGCUGUGGACAGGCCAGAAGGGUGACUUGGCACUGUGA